UGAUAGUUGUUUACUAUAAAUUAUGUCAUUCUAUUUGCUACUUAAAAAUUUUAAAAAUAUGUAACUUUUAUCAGUUUUUAUAUCACCAGAUUUAAACGCGGCAAAGUAUGUUUCAUUUCCAUUUUGGACCGAGCGUUGACGCAAAUCAGUAGAAGCCGCACAUAUUAAAUCAGAGAAUAUUGAAUCCACGUUGAAAUAUUUAAGAAUCAUAAUUUCAAACGUAUAUGUUUUUUAAAUAUAAUAGAGAAAUUAAAAACAACUUUAUUUGAAAUUAUGGCGGCAAGCAAUAAAAAUACGCAAGGUGCUCUUAUAUGUUUACCAGGCCAAAGGUUGUGUUUAUCAAGCGAAACUACAGUAGCAGGACCAGGAACUUUUGAAAGGCAAGGAUACAUAUAUUCCACAUUAGCGGGAAUUGUCAAAACAAAAGAAAAAGAUAAUUCAACAUAUAUUGAAGUUGAAUGUGCAGGAAAACCUCUUCUUGUUCCUGUUGGAGGAGAUUUAGUAACCGCUAGAGUUACAUUAGUCAAUCAACGAUUUGCAAGAUGUUCGCUACUCUCUGUAGCUAAUCAUAUCCUUGAUCAACCUUAUCGUGCAAUUUUACGGAAAGAGGAUGUUAGAGCAACAGAAAAGGAUCGUGUUGAUAUGGUUAAGUGCUAUAAACCGGGUGAUAUAAUAUUAGCUCGUGUAUUGCCGCUAACUGAUCUAACAUGUUAUCAAAUAAGUACCGCAGAAAAUGAACUUGGUGUAGUAUCUGCAAUAUCAGACGAAUGCAGACCAUAUGGGGAGUUAAUGGUUCCUUAUAGUUGGACUGAAAUGCAAUGUCCAAGAACGUUAAUUAGGGAACCAAGAAAGGUUGCAAAAGUUUUGUCUGAAAGAUUCGUUAAAUCGGAGCAAGAUUAGUUGGUUCUUGUUUUUAUUUUAAAAUUUUUUGACAUUUAAUAAAAAAUGAUAUUUGAAUUUCAUA